GCGCCGAGCAUCCCGCGCAGCACUGCCGAGCUCGCACGUCACGAGAGGGAAGGCUGAGGGUGGAGCGGAGAGCGCCGAGGGCCGCCCGGAGCGGAGCCAAGGGGCCGCCGGGGCUGUGCUCCCCGAGCCUCCGCCCGGAGGCGCCAGGAGCAGGAAGAAGCCCCGCCCACGGCCCCCGCAGCCUCGGGCGGCCAGCGCGCGUGCGCCGCGCUUGCGUCACAUCCGGCGCCCGGGCCCUGAUUCCGGAAGUAGCUUCACAGCGGUGGCGGCCGGCGGGUUAUGCGCCGCGGUUAGUGCUUCUCGGCUGCCCGAGGGCUGGACCGCGCGGCGGCGUCAUGGUCGAGGAGGUACAGAAACAUUCUGUGCACACACUUGUGUUCAGGUCAUUGAAAAGGACCCAUGACAUGUUUGUAGCUGACAAUGGGAAACCUGUGCCUUUGGAUGAGGAGAGUCACAAACGAAAAAUGGCAAUCAAGCUUCGUAAUGAGUAUGGUCCUGUGUUGCAUAUGCCUACUUCAAAAGAAAACCUGAAGGAGAAGGGCCCUCAGAAUACGGCGGAUUCAUACAGUCAGAAACAGUAUCCUGCCAAUCAAGGACAAGAAGUUGAAUAUGUAGUGACAGGGACACAUCCAUAUCCACCAGGACCUGGCGUGGCUUUGACAGCAGACACCAAAGUCCAGAGAAUGCCGAGUGAAUCCGCCGCACAGUCCUUGGCCGUGGCGUUGCCUUCUUCUCAGGCCAGGGCUGAUGCGAACCGUACUGCGUCUGGUGGGGGUGAGUACCGACACCCUGGGGCCUCUGAGCGCACUCAGCCGGCAGGGGUCAAUUCGAUGGUUAUGGAGACUGGCAAUACCAAGAACUCCGCACUGAUGGCUAAGAAAGCCCCUACGAUGCCCAAACCCCAGUGGCACCCACCGUGGAAACUCUACAGGGUGAUCAGUGGGCAUCUCGGCUGGGUGCGAUGCAUCGCUGUGGAGCCUGGGAACCAGUGGUUCGUUACCGGGUCUGCUGACCGAACUAUAAAGAUCUGGGACUUGGCGAGUGGCAAGCUGAAGCUGUCGCUGACGGGGCAUAUCAGCACAGUGCGGGGCGUGAUAGUGAGCUCGAGGAGCCCGUACCUGUUCUCGUGCGGAGAGGACAAACAAGUCAAGUGCUGGGAUCUUGAGUAUAAUAAGGUCAUACGGCACUAUCACGGGCAUCUAAGUGCAGUGUACGGUCUGGACUUGCACCCGACCAUUGACGUGCUGGUGACGUGUAGUCGGGAUUCCACCGCGCGGAUUUGGGAUGUGAGAACGAAAGCCAGUGUACACACAUUAUCUGGACAUACGAAUGCAGUUGCUACAGUGAGAUGUCAAGCUGCGGAACCACAGAUUAUUACCGGAAGCCAUGACACUACCAUACGAUUAUGGGAUCUGGUGGCCGGAAAAACAAGGGUGACAUUAACAAAUCACAAAAAGUCAGUCAGGGCUGUGGUUUUACACCCCCGACAUUACACGUUUGCGUCCGGUUCUCCAGAUAACAUAAAACAGUGGAAAUUCCCCGAUGGAAGCUUCAUUCAGAACCUGUCUGGCCACAAUGCCAUCAUCAACACACUGACAGUGAACUCCGAUGGCGUGCUUGUGUCUGGAGCUGACAAUGGCACUAUGCAUCUUUGGGAUUGGAGAACUGGCUACAAUUUUCAGAGAGUUCAUGCAGCUGUGCAGCCUGGGUCUUUGGACAGUGAAUCGGGAAUAUUUGCUUGUGCUUUUGACCAGUCCGAAAGUCGAUUGCUAACAGCUGAGGCCGAUAAGACCAUCAAGGUGUACAGAGAGGACGAUAGCGCGACAGAAGAAACCCACCCAGUCAGCUGGAAGCCAGAAAUUAUCAAAAGGAAGAGAUUUUAGUGUGGCAUUGACUUCAUGGUGGCUCCCCUUUUUGUAAGCUUGCCAUUGACGAGGAAAUCCAGUCAUUCGGGCUGUGGCUGGGAACACAGAGGAGAAACUCACUUGCUGGAACUGUUGCUGCUUCAUGUUUUACAAUAAACUGCCCCUGGGCCCUCCCCCAUCCCGUGUUUUUUUAUUUCUAAAAUAAACAAUUUGUGACCUAGAAA